AUGAUAUCUGAAAAUUUAACCGAUGAAACGUCACUUCAUCAAGAACUCGAGGUUUUAAGUGUAUCAAAACGCCUCGUAAGAAGCCUAAGCCAAAAGUUAAAAAGAAAAAACCAAGGAAACAUAGUAGACGAUGACGAGGACAACACACGUGGCAUUUCAAUAAAAUGUCCAACCCUCUACACACGUGGCGGCGGUUGCAAGGUCGGAGCCACCACCGGAGACGAAUUUUCCGAUUGCCGGAGACGCCCUUCGUGUUCCAACGAAGAAGCAAAAGGGUAUAACUAUAAACCCGUAUGUGGGCCCGAUGACACCACCAUCGACUGCUUCUCAUAUGGAGUAAAAGACCGGUUUUGGAAACGAAGCAAUAGAAAACUCACAGAAGUCGAAGAGUCACAACAACAACAACAACAAGUAUCACAUGUAUUUCUUCCGGAUGAUAUUGUUGAAAUGUGUUUGGUAAGACUUCCGUUGACCAGUCUCAUGAAAGCGCGCCUCGUGUGCAAGAAAUGGCGGGCUUUAACAUUGACAACACGGUUCAUGCAAAUGAGGCGAGACGGGCUUUUUCAAACCCCGUGGUUGUUUCUCUUUGGAUCCGUGAAAGACGGGUUUUGUUCGCGUGAGAUACACGCGUUCGAUGUGUCUUUAAACAAAUGGCAUAGAAUCGAAUCCGAGGUUCUCAAAGGUCGAUUCAUGUUCUCGGUUGUUAACAUUCAAGACAACAUUUACGUAGUUGGUGGUUGUUCAAGUUUGACCAAUUUCGGGAAGUUGGACCGAAGCUCGGUGAAAACCCACAAAGGGGUUUUAGCGUUUAGCCCGUUGACCAAGUCAUGGCAAAAAGUCGCGUCCAUGAAACACGCGAGGUCAAAACCGGUUUUAGGAGUAUACGAAGUGAAAUCGGAUUUUGUGGUUGUCAAAUCGCAAAACAACCGUCAAGAAAGACGGGUUGUUAGGACACGGGUGGGCGGGGUGUCGGAUGUGUACGAGGAUCCACAUAGGUUGUCGGUUAGGCGUCAGUUGCGAUACUCUUUUGAUGAAAAUGAGGUUUCGUUUGGUAGACAAAAGAGCGAACAUGUGAAGAGAAAAGAUUCUAGAAGGUUUUUGAUUAUUGCGGUUGGUGGGGUUGGGUCGUGGGAGGAACCGUUGGAUUCGUGUGAGAUUUACGAUUCUUGUACGAACAAAUGGGUGGAAGUCCAGAAGGUUCCGGUUGAUUUUGGGGUUGUGUGUUCGGGUGUUGUUUGUAAUGGGGUGUUUUAUGUUUACUCGGAGAGUGAUAAUCUUGUGGGGUAUGAUAUAGAGAAAGGGUAUUGGGUUGGGAUUCAAACAAUGAGAUUGGGAUCAAGGGUUCAUGAGUAUUACCCGAAGCUUAUUGCGUGUGAGAAACGGUUGUUUAUGGUGAUGGUGUCGUGGUGUGAAGGGGAAGGGCAGAUUGGGAGGAGGAAUAAAGCGGUUAGGAAGGUGUGGGAGUUGGAUUUUGUGGGGUUCAAGUGGGGGGAGGUUUGUAUGCAUCCGGAUGCUCCUAUGGAUUGGAAUGCGGUGUUUGUUGGUGAUAGGAAUUUGAUUUUGGGGGUUGAGAUGUUUAAGAUUUUUGGGCAGGUUUUGGAUUUUUUGACUGUGUUUGAUGUGAGUGAUGUGGGGAAGAAAAAGAAGAAGAAGAAGAAUUGGGUUCAUGUUUCGAGGAAUCAGGUGGCUCAUCAAUUGGAUGCUUCUUCGUGUGUGACUAAAUCAGUGGCUGUUGUGCACUUGUAA